ACUACACAGAUCAGUCCAGGGGUCCAAACACAGGGGGCCCGCCUGUGUUCUAAAGCUUCUUUGCUUUUCUGUCUUUCUGUCAGAGCGCAGCAAUGUCCAGAAUAUUAAAGCUCGUCAGCCACCAGCUGCGCAAAGACUUCACAGUCUGUGGGGGGAUUGCGCGGCUCCCCCUGAGGACCAUCUGCUACACCCCAAGGCAGCAUGCAGAGGAAGGUGAUGCCUCCUCAAAUUUGGGAAAGCGCUGGAAGGACACUGCAGACACCGUCAUCAUUGGUGGAGGCUGUGUGGGGGUCAGCCUGGCUUACCACCUGGCCAAAGCUGGCAUGAAGGAUGUGGUUCUGCUGGAGAAGUCUGAGCUGACAGCUGGCUCCACCUGGCAUGCUGCAGGUCUGACAACAUAUUACCAUCCAGGCAUCAAUCUGAAGAAAGUCCACUUUGACAGCAUUAAACUUUACGAGACCCUGGAGGCAGAAACUGGCCAGGCUGUUGGCUUUCACCAGCCCGGCAGCGUCCGCAUUGCCUCCACAGCGGCUCGUGUGGAUGAGAUGAAGUACCAGAUGACUCGUACUCACUGGCACGUGACGCCACAGUACCUCAUCGGACCGGAAAAAGUCCAAGAACUUUUCCCCCUGCUUAACAUUGAAAAGGUGCUGGCAGGUCUGUAUACCCCUGGAGAUGGCCACAUUGACCCAUACUCUCUCACCAUGGCUCUGGCUGCUGGAGCUCGUAUGUACGGGGCCCAGAUCUACAAUCCAGCUCCAGUCACCGGACUCACCCAAGUAGCAGAUGGAAAGUGGGAUGUCCAGACUCCCCAUGGGACCAUUCGUGCAAAUCGUAUUGUGAACACGGCAGGGUUUUGGGCUCGUGAAGUGGGCCAGAUGAUUGGUUACGAACACCCCACCAUCCCAGUGCAUCACCAGUACGUCGUCACUGCAACAGUGCCAGAGGUGAAGGCUCUGAAGAAGGAGCUGGCUGUCAUCAGGGACCUGGAGGGCUCCUACUACAUGCGUCAGGAGAGGGAUGGGUUGCUGUUUGGUCCGUAUGAGCAGAUGGAGAAGAUGGUGCUUCAGGACUCCUGGGUUAGAGAUGGGGUACCGCCAGGUUUUGGGAAGGAGCUGUUUGAGUCAGACCUCGACAGGAUAAUGGAGCAUAUAGAGAUGGCCAUGGAGAUGGUUCCUGUUCUGAAGAAAGCUGACAUCAUCAAUGUCGUGUCUGGACCAAUCACGUACACCCCGGACCUGCUGCCCAUGGUUGGACCACAUCACGGCGUACGCAACUACUGGACCGCCAUUGGCUUUGGGUAUGGAGUUAUCCAUGCUGGAGGCAUUGGUAAGUUCCUGAGCGACUGGAUUAGGAACGGCGAACCUCCUUACGAUCUUAUUGAAUGCGAUCCCAACCGAUAUGGCAAAUGGACAGACGUACCUUUCAUGUGCGCCAAGGCAAGAGAAUCUUAUGGCUUCAACAAUGUUGUCGGUUAUCCCAAGGAGGAGCGCUUUGCUGGUCGACCCACCUCCAGGACGAGUGGAGUUUACCAGCUGCUCAAGGACAAGUGCUCCAUGGGCUUUCAUGCCGGCUGGGAACAACCUCACUGGUUUUACAAACCUGGAGACGAAACUGGAUACAAACCCAGUUUCAAACGUACCAACUGGUUCGGACCUGUCGGUAGAGAGUGCAGGCUGGUGAUGGAGAAGGUGGGCGUUAUCGACCUCACUCCUUUUGGAAAAUUUGUAGUUAAAGGGAAGGAUUCACUGAAGCUGCUCGAUCGGCUGUUUGCCAACAGCAUGCCCAAGGUUGGCCAGACUAACAUCAGCCACAUGCUGACGCCUUCAGGGAGAGUUUUCGCUGAGGUCACCAUCACCCAGCUGACACCAGGAGAGUUCCUGCUCAUCACGGGCUCCGGCUCCGAGCUCCACGACCUCAGGUGGAUUGAAGCAGAAGCUGCAGAAGGAAAAUAUGAUGUGGACAUCAGAAAUGUGACAGACGAGAUAGGUGUGCUGGGAAUUGCAGGACCUAAUUCCCGGAAGGUUCUCCAGAAGCUGACAGACGAGGAUAUGAGUGAUGCUGGGUUCAAAUUUCUGCACUGCAAGAACAUCCAGCUGGCCGGGCUUCCUGUCAGAGCCAUCAGGAUCUCCUACACUGGUGAGCUGGGCUGGGAGUUGUACAUUGACCAGAAGAACAUGGCAGCUGUGUAUCAGGCCAUGAUGGAAGCAGGAAAAGAUGAAGGCAUAGACAACUUUGGCACCUACGCCAUGGCCUCGCUCAGACUGGAAAAGGGUUUCAGGGGCUGGGGAGCUGAGAUGAACUGUGACACUAAUCCUCUGGAGGCUGGACUGGACUACUUCAUUAAACUCAACAAGCCGGCUGACUUUAUUGGCAAAGCAGCGCUUCAGGAGAUCAAAGCCAACGGCCUGAAGAGGAAGCUCUCCUACCUCUCCGUUAAAACGGACGACAUCGACCCAGAAGGCAACGAAACCAUUUGGCACAACGGCAAGGUGGUCGGCAACACUACGUCUGGAGCUUACAGCUACAGCAGCCAGCAGAGCCUGGCGUUCGGUUACCUGCCCCUGGAGCUGUGCUCUGUGGGGCAGCAGGUGGAGGUGGAGCUGCUGGGCAAGAAGUACCCAGCCACGGUCAUCCAGGAACCCCUCGUCCAAACCGAGCCAACGCGGACCCGGCUGGCGAAGAAAGUAAAGGCUAAAGCAUAAGCAGCACUUUUUUCUCAAAAGACCAGUUAAAGAACCCUACUGUGAAUGAGACGUGUUUGGAAGGUGGGCGGUCGCAUACUGAACCGUUUGUCUGCAGAUCGAGGGGACAGUUCAUAUAAAAGCAAAAAAAAAA